UUCCGGCGGAAGCGAACGCGCACGCGCGACAGUGCUUUUGCGUUGCGGUAGUGGCAGCGUGACAUAACCUAGCGGCAGUUAGUCGUCGUGUUUGCCUGUGUGUCGUCGUUGGUUUACGUGUCGACGGAGGAACGGUCGUGGUUCCCGCAUCGCGCUCCUGCAAUCGGUCCGGUAGUCCGCGGCAAGCGUGAAUAAAUAUCACGCGAUCUCUCGCGGCGCAGUUAUCGUGAUGGCCGAGCCUGAAACGUCGAGCAGCGUGCAUGUUGGUCACCGUCAUACGUCCGCCGCACAGUCUCUCUAGUUCCGCGAGCCGAGGCCCUUGGUGAAGGAGAGUCUAACGUAGUGCUGCAUUCGAACGUUCGAAUUGUGCGAGGGAGUGCCGCCGUCGGUAGUACCGCGACUGUGUCGUAGUUUUUACACGAUAACACGCAAUACCGCGGUCGAGUGCGACCACGGUGAAUAAGAAAAGGAGAGGCGGCGAGAAAGAGAACGAGAAAGAGAGAGAGAGGGGGGAGGUAGAGACAGAGAGAGAGAGAGAGAGAAAGAGACAGCGAGUGAGCGAGCGAGCGUGCGAGGAUCGCGCGAGCGUCGAAAGUAACGAGUCAUCUACCGAUCCAAGAUGGCAGAACGCCAAGAGGGUGGUCCGAAGAAGAUCACCAUCAACGUGAAGACGCCGAAGGAGAAGCAGACCGUUGAGAUCGAGGAAGACGCGACGAUAAAGGACUUUAAGGAGGUGGUCUCGAAGAAGUUCAAUGCUCAGGCCGAUCAGCUGUGCCUGAUAUUUGCCGGUAAAAUUAUGAAGGAUCACGAGACACUCAGCACGCACAACAUCAAGGACGGCCUGGCUGUGCAUCUGGUGAUCAAGGCGCCGCGCUCCGCUGCCACGUCCAAUCAGGAGUCCACUUCAACUUCGAGACCCCAAGCUGACGUAAACGCCAGUCCAUUUGGCCUGGGUAGCUUAGGUGGAUUGAUGGGAUUGGAGUAUCUUGGCUUGGGAUCCGCUAAUUUCAUAGAUUUGCAGCAACGGAUGCAACGAGAAUUGUUAUCGAAUCCGGAAACGAUGCGCCAAGUACUCGACAAUCCACUGGUGCAGAAUUUAAUGAACGAUCCGGAAAACAUGCGUAAUUUGGUCACCGCCAAUCCCCAGAUGCAGGAGUUGAUGCAACGAAAUCCUGAAAUCAGUCAUAUGCUGAACAACCCUGAGCUGUUACGUCAAACAAUGGAGCUGGCGCGUAAUCCGUCGAUGCUGCAGGAACUAAUGCGGACGCACGAUCGAGCUCUGUCCAAUUUGGAGAGCAUACCGGGCGGUUACAGCGCACUGCGCCGCAUGUAUCGCGAUAUCCAGGAACCGAUGUUGGCGGCCGCGACGAACGGUCGCAAUCCCUUCUCCGCUCUGGUGGAGAACAGCAACUCGUCCAACCAGGACACACAGAAUCCGCAGCAGGGCCAAGAGAACCGGGACCCUCUGCCGAAUCCGUGGAAUCCGAGUCAGGGUGACUCCAACAGCAGCGCAGGUCAACCGAGUCAGGGUAGAGGCUUGCUGGAUUCACCGGGCAUGCAGAGCCUCACCGCCCAGAUGAUGGAGAAUCCACAGCUGAUGCGCAACAUGUUGAACGCUCCCUAUACACGAUCCAUGCUGGAGGCGAUGGCAGCCGAUCCGGCGAUGGCGAACCGUGUGAUCGCUGCGAGUCCGUUCCUGCGUGGCAAUCCGCAGAUGCAGGAACAGAUGCGUGCCAUGAUGCCCGCUUUCAUACAACAGAUGCAGAAUCCUCAGAUACAGAGUGUCGUUACCAAUCCGGACGCACUGGCCGCCAUUAUGCAGAUACAGCAGGGUAUGGAGCAGCUACGCACCGUCGCCCCUGAUCUCGUGGAAAACAUGGGCCUGACGGUCCCGCCGCCCGUGGCCACGACGCCCAACACCGCCGGCAGCACGAGCCCCAGUGUGCCGACCAGCCAACCGUCGGACACCAACCAGCAGGACGCGUUCUCCCAAUUCAUGGCGCGUAUGGUCUCCGCGAUGGCAUUAAAUCAAGGUGUAGAAGUCGACGGCCAACCUGUACCUCCACCAGAGGAGCGUUAUAGAGCACAGCUAGAGCAACUUACGGCUAUGGGUUUUCUUAAUAGAGAUGCUAAUUUACAAGCGUUAAUCGCCACAUUCGGAGACAUAAAUGCCGCCGUUGAGAGACUACUCUCCAAUGGGCAAGUGUCUAUGAGCUAACCACCAAUCAGCAAUACCGUUAUUCCAUUAUUAUCUUUAAUUUUCUCCUUAUUUACCUCGUACGACAGACGCGGUGAGAGAUAUCUGAGGUAACUGGCUGUCGCGCGCGCGCGCGCGCGCGGAGAAGAAAAAAAGAAUUACGAAAAUUAUACCCCCCUCGUUCUACCCGUUUCUCAGUCUUGACGCAAUACGCUACCGACCACGUUCAAAAUUCGCAUCUUCUUUUUGCAUUUGAAUUUCCGAUUUGUCUGUGUUUUAGACGUUAGGGAAAUACGGCGUAGAUAUUGAACUACGUUCCGAUAUUGUUCACUUCUUCGAAUCUCGGUUCGUCUGUCCCGUAUUCUAUUCGAUGUGCUCUAAAGCUAAGUAGCUCUGUUGAUGUCAAUUUUCUGUGUAAAUUUCUUUAUAAAGCAGCCCCGCGAUAGUCGCUGCGACACGAUCAUGUUCACGACAGUUCUUUACGGCGUAUGUCCUUGUAAUCUUUCUUAUAGAAACACAAACGGAAACCUGCAUGGAAAAUCUAGAUUGCCGCUAUUAAAGGAGCUCGCUUCUCGGCUUCGUCGGCCGAUCGAAAGUCAUUCGCAGUGCUCGGUCAUUCUUUUGCUUUCGACUGUCCCGAUAUAUUUGUAUGUAGCCGUUCGUAGCGAGAUAUGUUGUUUGUAUACGUUCCGAAUAAACAAAGAGAAAACAGCAGGGGAUGAGUGUAAUGCUUCGGCACGGAUUUCUCGAUCGUUUCCUCAUGUGUAAACGAGAACUUUGGAAGUAUAUAUAUAUAUGUGUGUUGGAUAUAUAUAUUAGCGAGAUUUGUGCGUAUACUCAGAGGGCAUGACUCGACGAUCCGUACCAUAAUACGUUUUCCAUGUGAGUUUUAUAGAUACCAAACGUAUGAGGCGACAACUGCUUUCUUUGAAUUGCAUAUUAGCGUGCACCGUCUCUUUGUUCGUUUAAUUUGAUCGUAGCGUAAAACUAUUAUUAUUAAGCGUUAUACAUAUAUAUAAAUAAAUAUAUAUAUGUAUAUAUAUAUAUAUAUAUAUAUAUAUGUCUUGUAAUACAAAUCUAGAAAUUUGUAGCGUGAUCAUUGAGAAACAUACGGCAUAGAUUGUUUAUAGAGGAAUGCGCGCGUGGUAUGGAUCGACUUGACGCGCGGAAGUGCGUGAACUCAAAGGAACACCUAAUUGUCGGUUAGCUCUAAAGCGUAAAGAUAAAAGGAAAAAAAAGAAGAUGUAUGUUGUAAAUUAUCUUUUUUCGGAGGGAAGCAGCUAUGAUUUUAAUAUUUUUGAUUGAUGUACGAUUACAUAAGUAUCCAUGCGCAUUAUAUUAUCUUUUAUGUAUAUUCAGUAUACUUCACUGGAUGAGACAUUCUGCUGUAAAAGCGAUUAUAUUACAAAAUAAAGUUACGGUUGAUUCAUA